AAUUGAGAGUGUCAGGUGAGUGAGGUCGCACAUCAUUAAUUAGUUUCAAUUUGAUUUUCAGAACUUUACCACCCUCAAUUUACACAAUGUGAAAUAAAUUAGCAAAAUAAAUUGUUUCACUGCACCUUCACCAAUUUUCUCAAGGAACAAGUUAUUCCGUGUGAGAAACCCUUGCGUGACGAUGAGAUUAUUUCGAACAGUUAAUAAAAAAAACAGCUAUCUAUCGUUAAUGUAUACAUGCUGAGUGUGCAAUAUUGUGAUAUAGUUGGUCAUUUAAAGUAACGAAGUAAAAUACCUGUACCCACAAAUAGCCAAUAUAUAUGUACAUGUGCAUAAGUAUGUCGGUGAUCAAAAUCCAUGACUUAGAUGAGGAGAUGUUGAACCAAAUCUGCACAAAGUCCAUUUAGCCCAUAUCAAGAGAGUGGCUUUACGCAGUGCACGCCAUGCAAUCCAAGUAGGAAGUUAUUAUUGAUGUUUAAUAAUGAUAGCUCAACAAUUCAGUUAGUUCUUGGUGGUUGGUAGUUCAAAGCAGGUGCACAGCAAUAUUAUUCCUAUUAGCAUUGUUACAGCACAUUGUACACAUAGCAGAGCAAUACGAACUUUGCGUAUAUACGCAAAUAUCAAUAUCAAUCAUAUUUAUAUGCAUGUAACAUUUGACCCGUAUCAAACCCAAAGUCAAAACAUUGCAGUAGUAUAGACAUCAGUCUGAGCUUACGACAAACUAUAAACAACACCACAACAGUUUAUGAUAUUACCAAAAAAGUUGCAUAUAUUAUUAAUUUAGUGUAGCGUUUUUAUGACAUUAAAAAACAAUUGUGACUACCUAAAAAUUGCUGCGACAUAAAGAUCUACCUUCCUGUGGGGCACUUACGUUGUUUAAGCUAUUUAUUAUAAUACUACAUUUGUGCAUGUGAACAAUGAUCCUUCCCCAAUUUUUAAAGACGGUUCAACGAGAUUACCGGUUGUUGGAAGGACACGCAAAAACAUUUGUUCAGCUCAAACGGUUGGACAAUAAAGGGGCCACGGCCGGAAAAGUGUUUGACCAGUAUGCCAAAAAGCAUCCAAACAAGGUGUGCUUCUAUUUCGGACAGGAACAAUGGACAUAUAAAAAGGUGGAAGAAUCAAGCAACCAAGUAGGGAAUUACUUUGCUAAUGAAGGUUUCGAGCAUAAAGAUGUCGUCUCGCUUUUUAUGGAAAAUCGACCGGAACACGUUAUCAUGUGGUUGGGGCUUAGCAAGCUGGGAGUUGUGACUGCACUAAUCAACUACAACCUCCGUUUCCAACCACUUAAACAUUCACUUGACGUGGGCAAUUCCAAAGCUAUCAUUUGCGGUACGGAACUCACCUCUGCUAUCACCGAACUGGGGAAAAUCAAGUACCCCGUUUACCUUUCGGGGACUUCGACCAAGGAGUCGGAAGAAGCAGAGAAAAAUCAUGGAUGGAAAAAUCUGGAUAAAGAGUUACCCAAAGUGCGAACGACGACGCCGCAACCGAAAAAUCCAGAGUUAAUUAAUUUCAGAAGCAACUUAUUGUAUUGUUACACAUCCGGAACAACGGGCUUACCAAAGGCUGCCGUAAUAACUAACUCCAGGUUUUUCAUGGCGUCAUACGUGAACCAUUACGCCUCAGAAUUGGUGGAAGACGAUCGUAUUUACAUGACACUGCCGCUGUACCAUGUAGCCGGUGGUGUCUUAGGUCUUAGUCAAAAUUUGGUCUGGGGAAAUCCUCUAAUCAUUCGAAACAAAUUCUCAGCCACAGAAUUCUUUCGUGACUGUUACAACUAUAAGGCGACGGCUGCACAAUAUAUCGCCGAAACAAGCCGAUUUUUACUCCAAACAAAAGAGUCUGAAUGGGAUAAGAAACAUUCGGUGAGAGUCAUGUUUGGGAAUGGGUUUCGGAAGGAUAUUUGGAAACAAUUUGUGGACCGCUUUCAAAUUGAGAAGAUUACUGAAUUCUACGCAUCAACUGAAGGAAAUGCGAACAUGGUCAAUUAUGAUAAUACGGUCGGCGCUGUUGGAGUCAUUCCCCCGUUUCUUGAGAAGCUGUAUCCUAUCGCUUUGGUGAAGGUUAACGAAGAGGGCGAACUUAUUCGAAACAAAAGUACAGGUCACUUGAUACGAUGCAAAGCUGGAGAGGUUGGAGAAUUAAUUGGCAAAAUCGUCACCAACUCACCACUUCGGGAAUUCAAAGGAUAUGCAGCAGAUCAAAAUGCCAAUGAAAAGAAGACGGUGAGAAACGUCUUCACGAAGGGAGAUGCUUAUUUCAGAUCAGGGGAUCUCCUUUACAAGGACAAGCAAGGUUACCACUACUUUCAAGACCGAAUGGGUGACACGUUCCGCUGGAAGAGUGAAAACGUGUCGACGGCCGAAGUGGAGGCGAUAGUGAGUCAAAACUGUGAAUUGCGGGACGUGAUCGUGUUUGGGGUGAAAGUUGAAGGAUAUGAUGGGGCAGCGGGGAUGACGGUAAUCGCUGAUCCUCGUGGGGACAUGGACAUUGGAAAAUUGGAAAAGGCGAUCGUGAAGAAUCUGCCCCACUAUUCCAGACCGUUGUUCAUGCGGAUAACCAAAGCUAUUCCAAUGACAGGAACACAUAAACUACAAAAAACUGACAUGGCGAAACAAGCCUAUGAUCUCAGUCAAAUUGGGAGUGACAAAAUAUAUUUGUUACUUGAAGGAAAAUACACACCGUUUACUCCAGAACUUCAAGAAAAAAUAAAUGCUAAAAAAAUUAAACUGUGAUUUUCAAUGAAUAUUAAACUUGAGCUAUGUACAUAUUUACAUGCAUCAUGACAAUAAUUAAUAAAUAAAUCACAUUCAGUCAUUUACAAAUACAAAGA